AUGCUGGAGAGGAUCUGCGAGGACCGCAGGUCGCGGCAGGUGACGGCGGGUGUGACUGCCCCAGCAGCCAGCGGCGCGCUCAUUGCCCCUUACAACGCAGCCCUGCAGCCUGCGCCCUCGAUUGCCGCGCCCGAACGGACGUUGCCCGCCGCCAUCGACGGCAGCCCCGCCGCCGGCUGGGCGCUCGCCCUGGCGUUCCUCGUGUCGGUCCGAGCGGGCCGCCGCUCCGCCGCCGCCGAGCGCCUCGACGCCGCCGCGCUGCAGAGCCGGCAGCAGGAGAGCCGCGUGCAGGGGCGGGAGCUGCGGGAAAAGCGGCGGCAGUACCUGGAGCAGCAGCGGGUGCUGAAAGAGGAGGAGGCUGCCAAGAGGCUUGAGGAGAACAAGCAGCGCGCGGCGCGCGAGGCGGCGGAGCGCGCGGAGCGGCGGGCGCGCGAGGCGGCCGAGUCCGCAGUGCAGCUCGAGCGCAUUCGCCGCGAGAGGGAAGCUGCGCGGCAGGCGUUCGAGCGCGGCGAGUCGCAGCUGGGCGAGGAGCUGGCGCGGCGCAUCCAGCAAGAAGAGGCGGUGCUGCGGGAGAAAGAGCGGCAGAGGGCCGAGGCCGAGGCGGCCGCGUGGGCGGCAGCCGAAGAGGCGCGAAUGGCGGAGGAGGCCGCGGCCCGCCGGAGGGAGGAGGAGGCGCGGCGCGCGCGCGAGGAGGCGGAGCGAACGCGGCUGGAGCGGCGGCGGCGGCUGAGGGCGCAGGAGACGACGUACGAGCUCGAGCUGCGUGGUGUCGCCACCGCGGGCCCCGCGCCGCCAGGCAGCAUGGCAGGCGGCAGCGGCGGCGUCGGCGGCCGCCUGCUGCUCGCACGGCUGCAGGUCACAUUCGCCCUGGAGGCGGCCGCGCCAGGCGGCGGCAGCAGUAGCAGUAGCGGCAGCAGCAGCAGCAGCAGCAGCAGCAGUAGCUUAAAUAAUGAAAGCGGCAGCGGGAGCGGUGUGGGUGGUGGCGGCGGCGGCGGUGGCGGGGACGGGGACGGUGUUUUUGCGAGCGGCAGCCUCACAAGGCUGUACGACUCGCCAGAGUCUGCUGUGGAAGACGCCGGCGACCUGGCAGGGGAGGCCGCUAGCGUCAUAACCGCCCGCCUGGAAUCGGACCCCUCCACCGCCCCCGCCCGCCCGCCUUCCGCGCCCGGCGCCGCGCCGGCCGCGCUGCGCUACCCCGAGCUGCGGCUGUGGCAGUGGCUGCUCGCGCUGGCGGCCGAGGCGGCCGGGCGGCGGGCGGUCGGGCAGGUGGCGCCGCUUGCGACCAAUGGCGCCCUGCAGCAGCCGUUUGUGGUCAGCAGCCGGAUCGGCGUGCUGCCCGAGGACGACCCCUCGUCCGCCGGCCGCAUGCUGUCCCUCGCCGCCGCGCACGCUCGCGCCGGGCGCGCGGAAGCCGCCGCGCAGCUGCUCGACGACCUGAUAGACCGGCUGCAGGAGGGCGCGGCGGCGGGCGGGGCGGGUGUGGGGGGAGGGAGCGCGCCGCUGUCGUCAAUCUUGGUCCCGGCUUGCGUGUAUGCACAGCUGCUCGACUCAUGCGAGGAUCCCUUCCUGGAUUCCGCCCCGACGCCGGCGCCGUCAGGGGCCGACGGCAGCGGCGGCGAUAGCGACGGCGGCGGCGAGCUUGGCGGCGGCGGCGGGAAGGCGGGGGAGGGGGCGGGCGCUGGCGACGCGCUGCGGCGGCUGGUCGCUUUCCAGCUGAAGGAGCGCGCGCAAGCGGCGCCGCGCGACUCGCUGGCGGCGCCGUCCGCGGCGCUGGCACGGCUGCUGGGCGCGCGCCACCCUGUGGCGCGCGCGCUGGCUGAGCUGGCGGAGGCCAACAUGAGCCCCGCGGCGCGGCAGGCGCGCGAAGUGCGGCGGCAGCAGCAGGCGGCGGCGGCGUCCAUGGAUUUGCUAAAGCAACAAGGGUCGCUGCUCGCGGCGCCCGGCGGUCUGGACCCCUCGACUUCCAAGGCCCGGGGCGCGCCCGUGCCCGAGAAGGCCUGGGCAGCGCGCAACGUGGCGCGCAGCCUGGUGGCCGGCGGCGGGGCGGCGGGGGCCGACGAGGGGGUGCGGAUGCUGCGGGAGGCGGCCGCGGAGUGCGAAGAGUACUAUGGCGCCAACCACCCAGGCCAGCUGUCGACGCUGCUGGACCUGAUCGACGCCCUGAUGGCGCUGAGUCAGCACCGCCCCGAGGCCCGCGAGGAGGCGGCGGCCGCCAUCCGCCGCGCGCUUGCUGUCGUGCAGGCCGUCGGCGAGCGGUACCGGGCCCAGGGGGAUCUGCUGUCUCUGGCGCUGCUGUACGAGAGCGCCCAGGCCGAGCUGGACUACCCGCAGGUGCUGCCGCGCGGCGACCCCGCCAUGGCGCGCCUGGUGCAGGAGGCGUCGGACGCGUUUGCUGCGCUGGAGACCGGCCAAGCCGGGCGGGUCAUGUCCAAGCGCCAAGUGCCAGCAGGCAGCCCCACGAGCCCGCUGCGGCUGCUGGCCAGGGACUGCACCGAGCAGCCGCUGGUGCAGCGCGCGUCGCGGCGGGCGCCGACGCGGCUGGAUCAGUGGGGCAGGGGGCUGCCGCUCGCGCCGCUCGCGUGA